AUGACCGCCAGGGACCCCAUCACCUGCCACGUCCUCGACACCACGGCCGGCCGCCCGGCCAAGGCGGUUCGCGUCCGUCUCGAGGGGCCCCGCGGCUCCCAGCCGCCAAAGGAAUUCGAGUCCACCACCGACGACGACGGCCGCAUCAAGACCUGGCUCCCGUACAGCUCCGCCACCUCCUCGGGCGACGUCCCCGUCUACACGCUCGACCAUGUCCUCGGCCAGGUCGAAGGCUCGUCCACCUGGACGCUCCGCUUCGAUGUCGAGGGGUACUACGGCGAGGGCAACACCUUCUUCCCCGAGGCCGCCGUUGUGUUUCGCGUCCACAAGGGACAGCAUUACCAUGUGCCGCUCUUGUUGAGUCCCUACAGCUAUACGACCUAUCGGGGGAGCUAA